GAAAUACAGAUCACAUACAUCCCUAAAAGUUGGUAAGGAUUUCAGUCUGAGCAAAGACGUGAAAGUGUGCAUGAAGUCUGGAAAGAGCUUCAGCAUCAACAGUAUUUUUAAUCACCAUCAGAGGAUCCACAAAGGGGAGAGAACAUAUAAAUGCAUGGAGUAUGGAAAAAGCUUUUGUCAGGAUAGAACACUUACUCAUCACCAAAAGAUCCACACAGGUGAAAGACCAUAUAAAUGCCUGGAGUGUGGAAAGGGAUUUACUAGGAAAGGACAUCUUACUUGUCAUGAAAGGAUCCACACAGGAGAAAAACCUUAUAAAUGUACUGAGUGUGGAAAAGCCUUCAGAACAAAUGGUCAUCUAAUUCGUCAUCACAGGACCCACACAGGGGAGAAAAUGUAUAGUUGCAGGGAAUGUGGAAAGAGAUUCAUUGAGAAUAGAGAUCUCAUUACCCAUCAAAGGAUCCACACUGGUGAGAGUCUGUAUAAAUGCCCGGAGUGUGGAAAGAGCUUUACUCAGAAAGGACAGCUUAAUUCUCAUCAAUGGGUUCACACAGGGGAGAAACCUUAUAAAUGCCCAGAGUGUGGAAAGGGCUUCAGUACAAACUGUAAUCUGGCUCGACACCAAAAGAUCCACACAGGGGAAAGACCAUAUAAGUGCUUGGAGUGUGGAAAGCGCUUUCUUGACAACAAAGAUCUUACUCGCCACCAAAGGAUCCACACGGGGGAUAAACCGUAUAAAUGCCUGGACUGUGGAAAGAGCUUUGCCCAGAAAGGACAACUUAAUUCUCAUAGAAGAAUCCAUACUGGUGAGAGACCAUAUAAAUGUAUGGAAUGUGGAAAGCAGUUCAGUCAGAAAGGAAAUCUUACUGAUCAUGAAAGAAUCCACACCGGGGAGAAACCAUAUAAAUGUACCGAGUGUGAAAAGAGCUUUGCAAAGAAAGGACAGCUUAAUUCUCAUAAAAGGAUCCACACAGGGGAGAGACCACAUAAAUGCAUGGAGUGUGGAAAGAGCUAUUUCGAUCAGAGAGACCUUACACGCCACCAAAGGAUUCACACAGGUGAAAAAUUAUAUAAAUGCAUACAGUGUGGAAAGAGCUUCUGUUUCUGGAGUACUCUUGAUUUACAUGAAAGGAUCCACAGAGUGGAGAAAAAACAUAGCUGCACAGAGUGUGGAAAGCAAUUCUUUAACAAGGGUGCCCUUACUGUUCAUCAAAAGAGCCACACAGGGGAGAGACCGUAUAACUGCCUGGAGUGUGGCAAGAGCUUUAUUUCAAAAGGAAAUCUGAAUUCUCAUAACAGAAUCCACACCGGGGAGAGACCGUUUAAAUGCACGGAGUGUGGAAAGCAGUUCACUCAGAAAGGAUAUCUUACAGAUCAUGAAAGGGUUCACACAGGAGUGAAACCAUAUAAAUGCACAGAGUGCGGAAAGAGUUUCCGUUUCAGGGGUAAUCUGAAUCGCCAUGAGAAGAUCCACAGAGGGGAAAAACAACAUAGUUGCAUGGAGUGUGGAAAAGGAUUCUAUGAGAGGAAAGACCUGACUGUCCAUCAAAGGAUUCACACUGGGGAGAGACCGUAUAAAUGCUUGGAGUGUGGAAAGGCCUUUGCUUUAAUGGGAACACUUAAUUGUCAUAAAAGGAUUCACACAAGUGAGAAAUUACAUACCUGCAGCGAGUGUGGCAAGAGAUUCUUUCAGAAAAGAGAACUUACCAUCCAUCAAAGGAACCACACAGGGGAGAGACCUUAUAAAUGCCUGGAGUGUGGCAAGAGCUUUAUUUCAAAAGGAAAUCUUACUUCUCAUAAAAGAAUCCACACAGGGGAGAGACCAUAUAAAUGCAUGGAGUGUGGAAAGCAGUUCACUCAGAAAGGAUAUCUUACAGAUCAUGAAAGGGUUCACAUAGGAGUGAAACCAUAUAAAUGCACAGAGUGUGGAAAGAGCUUCCGUUUCAGUCGUAAUCUGAAUCGCCAUGAGAAGAUCCACAGAGGGGAGAAAGAGCAUAGUUGCAUGGAGUGUGGAAAAGAAUUAUGUGAGAGGAAAGAUCAUACUAUCUAUCAAAGGAUCCAUACAAGGAAGAAACUAUAUAGUUGCGAGGAAUGUGGAAAGGCCUUUGCUUUAAUAGGAACACUUAAUUUUCAUAAAAGGAUUCACACAGGUGAGAAACUACUUAAUUGCAUAGAGAGUGGCAGGAGCUUCAAUUUCAUGAAUACUCUUGAUGGCCAUGAGACGAUCCACAGAAGGGAGAAAAAACAUAGCUGCAGUGAGUGUGGAAAGAGAUUCUUUCAGAAAAGAGAACUUGCCAUCCAUCAAAGGAACCACACAGGGGAGAGACCAUAUAAAUGCCUGGAGUGUGGAAAAAGCCUUAUUUCAAAAGCAAAUCUUAAUUAUCAUAAGAGAGUCCACACAGGGGAGAGACCAUAUAAAUGCCUGGAGUGUGGAAAGCAGUUCGCUCAGAAAAGGUCUCUUUCUGAUCAUGGAAGGAUUCACACAGGGGUGAAACCAUAUAAAUGCACAGAGUGUGGAAAGUGCUUCCGUUUCAGAAGUAAUCUUAAUCGCCAUGAGAGGAUUCACAGAGGGGAGAAACAGCAUAACUGAAUAGUGUAUGGAAAAGGAUUCCAUGAAAAGAGAGACCUUACUGUGCAUCAAAUAAUACACACAGAGAGCUUCCUAGAAAUGCAUUGUGUGGAAAAAGCUUUCAAAAGUUCUCUUAGUCGCUAUGAGAGGAUGCACAGAGGGGAGA